CAACGACUUAUUACACUGUCACCAUGGUACCAUUGGAUGCAUUGUGUGUAGCUUCCGCCAUUGCGCACGAUCCUUCGGGGGAGAUGAUUCAGCACAACGAAGCCUUUCAAAAUUUGGUGCUGCUGAAGGAUCGAACCGAACCCGAAGGUGUAAUGGAUGGCAAGAUGGAGAAGACAGACUCGGGUGAAUUGAUUGAGGACUGCGAUUCGAGUUUGACUCCAACGGAAGGAUCUUCUUCACUGAGUGAGGAAGUAAACGAGAAGUACAUUGAUCCCACGAAGGGCGAUACGAUCUGGGAUAUUUUGGAGCUAAAACCGGGCUUCUUUGGAAAGGAAACCAAGCGAAUAUAUCAGGGUGACGGGCAACCCAACAAGUGGGUCAGCAUCCAUAUCUCCACAAUUGAUAGCGGAGAGCUGGGCAGAACCAUUUUUGUACAAGUUGAAGAUGUUGACGAAAGCUUAAGAGCCAAAGAUCAGUGGACAGCAAUCUUGGAAACGUCAUUUGAUGGUUUCUGGGAUUAUCACAUUCAAAAAGACUAUGAAUACAUGUCCCCGCGCUUUUGGGAAAUGUUUGGGUAUGCUCCGCACGAAAAGGAACACAGUCCCAGCGCCUGGCAGAACAUGAUCCAUCCCGAGGACCUUAAAGUCACGAUGGAGCAUCUUGGUAGGCACGUUGCGAGUAGGGGAGAAUAUCCUUACUGUUUGGAAACGAGAUAUCUACACAAGAAAGGUUCCUGGGUGUGGGUACUUUGCCGAGGGCGCGUCAUCGAGUGGGGCGACGAUGGCUCUCCUAUUCGUAUGGUUGGUACACAUACAGAUAUUACUGAAACAAAGUUAAAGCAGAUCCAGGAGCGCGAAUUACACGCAAAAAUCGAGCGGGAACAUAAACGGGUUGUUGCUGCCAAUGAGGAACUACGUCGGUUUGUUCAACAUGUGAAUGCUCCUGUAUUCGGAGUCGACAAUGACGGCACCAUCAAUAUUUGGAACCUGAGAAUGGUAGAAAUUACCCGAAUCGCCGAGGAAUCAAUUGUCGGGAAGCCGCUCGCUUGUAGCAGUGUGAAGAAUGCCGCAAUUAUGGUACAGAACGCUCUGAGACAAAAAGAAGUGACAAAUUCACUUUUGGAGAUUGAAAUUCCAAGUGAUGGAGAAUCCGCCGCAAAGUCUCUCUCUCUUCUCGUCAACACCACCACUAGAAAAUGCGUCGAUGGAACAGUUUUGGGAUGUUUUUGUUUUGGACUAGAUCUGACCGAGAUUCAGGUUGCAAACCAAAAGCUUGUGCAGGAACGUGAACGGUUUACAGCAGAGAAAACCCUGAAUGAGUUUGUCGCCCACGAAGUUCGCAAUCCACUCGCUGCUGCUCUCUCUGCAGCACAAUUCGUUCGUGACACACUCAUCGGGGCCGACGUUCCCACGGAACUAAGGGCGUCGCUGCGGGCGGACACUUAUGUCAUCUCAACAAGCUUGGACCACAUCCAUCAGCUUUUAACGAGUAUGCUGGAUUUGAACAAGUUUCUUGCAGGUGGCUUAACACUAUCACCUCGGCAGGUGAAUCUCGAAAACGAUAUUGUAGAACCUGUGUACGUCAUGUUCGCUCAUCGGGCUGAGAAAUCCAUUCUCUCUUAUGAAGUCCCCGAUGACUGUUACAUUGAAGUGGAUGAGCUCCGGUUAAAACAAAUUUUGAUAAACUUGGCCUCAAAUGCGAUCAAAUUUACACAAGAAGGUUACGUACGCAUCAAAGCAGGACGAUUUGAUGCGGGAAGGCAUAAUAUGCUUCACAUUUAUGUCGAAGACUCGGGUCCAGGAAUCCCAGCUGAAAAGCGUUGGUUGCUUUUCCAACGUUAUGUUCAGCUGUCGAAACAGGUGCAAGGCAGCGGUAUCGGACUUUUCCUAACAAGGCACUUAGUGGAGGCAAUGAACGGUACGAUUGAGAUUGACACUACAUACAACUCUGGAAUUCAAGAAUUUCCUGGAACUCGAUUUGUGGUAAAAAUUCCCCUGCCUGACAGUAAACUUGUUUCUCCGAAGUGCACCCCUGAAAAGGCAAUAGAUGAUUCGAGUGCAAUGUUGAAGCUAUCACUCGCUUCUGAACGGGCAGUAGAUCCAUCCGAAAGCCUUUCCGUACUUUCACAGGCAGAGUGCUUUCCUCCGCAUAUGAGAGUGUUGGUAGUCGAUGAUGAUAAGAUCAUACGGCGUAUCCUAGCUCGUCGUUUGCAAAAGCUGGACAAAACAAUGGAGAUUGACCAGGCAGAGAGCGGUGAACAAGCGAUCGCAAUGAUUGUCCCUCCCGAUUCGAAAAAAUACGAGCUUGUCUUGGUGGAUCAUUUCAUGCCCCUUGCGGGUGGAGAAUUGACUGGCGAAGAAACGAUUGCGAUAAUCCGGUCACACGUUAGCGGUGUAAUUGUCGGAAGUUCGGGGAAUGACAUGCACAAAGAGCACGAAGCAGCAGGUGCAGAUCUGUUUUGGCAAAAGCCCGUCCCAAGAGAUAGCGCCAUCAUAGAGGAUCUGCGCCGAAUCUUCAUGGCGAAAACCAUGAUCCGAUGA